AUGCAGUUAACUUGGAAAGAUAUCCCUACCAUUCCUAAUGCCAACGAGUUCUUGGACGUUGUUCUUAACAGAACACAGCGUAAGACUCCCACGGUUAUCCGUGCUGGUUUCAAGAUCACUCGUAUUCGUGCUUUUUAUAUGAGAAAGGUUCGUUACACAGCAGAUGGAUUCAGUGAGAAGCUUCAACAGAUUGUCGACUCAUUCCCCAAUAUCAACGAGAUCCAUCCUUUCCACAGAGAUUUGUUGGAUACUUUAUAUGAGAAGAACCACUAUAAAGUGUCGCUAGCAGCAGUUUCUAGAGCCAAGUCUUUGGUUGAACAGGUUUCCAGAGAUUAUGUUCGUUUGCUUAAAUUUGGUCAGUCUUUGUUCCAAUGUAAACAGCUCAAGAGAGCCGCCAUGGGUCGUAUGGCUACUAUUGUUAAGAGACUCAAGGAUGCUUUAUUAUAUUUAGAACAGGUUCGUCAACAUUUGGGUCGUUUACCAAGUAUUGAUCCCAAUACUAGAACCUUACUUAUCUGUGGUUACCCCAACGUCGGUAAGUCGUCAUUCUUAAAAAGCAUUACCAGAGCUGAUGUCGAAGUUCAACCUUAUGCCUUUACUACCAAAUCGCUUUAUGUUGGUCACUUCGAUUACAAGUACUUGAGAUUCCAAGCUAUUGAUACCCCUGGUAUCUUGGAUCGUCCUACCGAGGAAAUGAACAACAUUGAAAUGCAGUCUAUUUAUGCUAUUGCCCACAUCAGAUCAUGUGUUCUUUACUUUAUGGAUCUGUCUGAGCAGUGUGGUUUCUCAGUGGCCGACCAAGUCAAACUUUUCCACUCUAUCAAGCCUUUGUUUGCCAACAAAUCGGUUAUGGUUGUUAUUAACAAGAUCGAUCUGGUCAAGCCUCAAGAUCUUGACGAGGAAAAGCAGGCUUUGCUCAAAUCUAUGACUGCUACUGAUGGAUCCAUGACUGUCGAGAUUUUGCAAGCCUCUUGUCACACUGAAGAAGGUAUCAUGGACGUCCGUAACAAGGCCUGUGACAAGUUGCUUACCGCUCGUAUUGAACAGAAGAUGAAGUCGUCAUCAAGAAUUAAUAGCAUUCUUAACAAGAUCCACGUGGCCCGUCCCUCUCCUCGUGACGAUGUUCCUGUUGCUCGUGAUCCAUUUGUGCCUGCUGGCGCACUUGAACGAGCUACAAGCUACGACCCUGAAGACCCCAACCGCCGUAGAUUGCAAAAGGAUAUUGAAAUCGAAAAUGGUGGUGCCGGAGUAUUCCAACCUGACUAUAAAGAUGCAUACAUUUUGGAAGACGAGGCCUGGAAACAUGAUAUUAUUCCUGAGCUUCUCGACGGUAAGAAUGUCUACGAUUUCAUUGAUCCUGAAAUUUCUGCCAAGUUGCAAGCUCUUGAGGAAGAAGAAGAGAAGCUCGAGCAACAAGGAUUCUACGAUUCUGACGAUGAUGACAUGGAUAACAGUGAGGAUGAAGAGAUUGCUGCCAAGGCCGAGUGGAUCCGUAAUAAGCACAAGCUGAUGCUUAAUGCUGCUAGAUCCAAGCGUACCAUCAAGAAUAGAGGUGGUGUCAUUCCACGUAAGCUGGCCAAGAGAACUCUGUCUCAAAUGGAGACUCAUUUCGACAAUAUUGGUGUUGAUGCUUCUGCUGUUUCCACCAGAGCCAGAGCUUUGGCUGCUCGUGCUGAGACUGCAACUGGUCAAGAUGUCGUCAUGAACCAACAAGAGGGUCCUGUUAUCGACACUGCCCGUAUCCCCAAGAGAGAUCAAUCCGAUCGUAGAUAUGACGGUGUUGGUGCCUCGAAGCGUUCUAAGGCCGAGCGUCUGGCCAAAUUGGACCAACGUGACCGUAACAGAGCCGCCCGUGCCGGUGAGGGUGACAGACACACCACCGCUAGUAUCCCCAAGCAUUUGUUCAGUGGUAAGCGUGGAAUGGGCAAGACCCAAAGACGUUAA